CAUAUGGUUUUUCCCUCCCUUCAUAUACCGGCCGGAAAAAAAACCCGGCAGACAACCAACUUGACUCAACUUUCAAACUAUCGCGCAUGCAGCGUUAAAUUAUCCACUAAAACCCGAAACUGUGUCAGACUGUCAGUCGUCUGAGUGGGGAUAAAUAGCUGAACGGCAACGCAGGAUGCCGGAAGAGAAGAAAGCGAGCGCUCCCGCUGAUCGCGGUAACAUGGUCGCCGCUAUCAUCUUCAUACUGGGCCUGGGGACGCUCCUUCCCUGGAACUUCUUCAUUACGGCCUCCCAGUAUUUCAACCAGCGCCUGAACACAUCAGGGGAGACGGUCAAAGAGUACAACUACGACAGCUGGAUGGCGUUGCUUUCCCAGCUGCCCUUGCUGCUCUUCACGCUGCUCAACUCCUUCUUCUACCAAUGGGUUCGGGAAGGGGUGCGCGUGGCCACAAGCCUGGUGGCCGUCUUGCUGCUUUUCUCGCUGACGGCCGCCCUGGUGGAGGUUCACAUGACACCUGCCACCUUCUUUUCUGUCACCAUGGCGACCAUCUGGUUCAUCAACAUGUUCAGCGCGGUGUUGCAGGCAGCCUGUUCAUGGGCAGUGGGCCUGCUGCCGACUCGCUACAGCACGCUGUUCAUGACGGGCCAGGGCCUGGCAGGGAUCUUCGCCGCUGUCGCCAUGCUCUGCUCCGUCUUGGGUAACGCGGACACUAAGUCUGCAGCGUUGAGCUACUUCAUCACGCCGUGCGUGGCCACGCUGGGAACGCUGGCGUGCUACAUGAUACUGCCUCACCUGGAAUUCGCUCGCUUCUACCUGAGGCGGCGUUCGAACGACGUUGACGAGGAGGCGAAGAUGAAAGAACUCCUUCCGAGUGCAGACGGACACGUCGUGAGCAGCAAAGACGGAAAACAUUUGGAGGCCGACAGGAGGUUGAUGGGCGAGCCUUUGGAGCGGUCGUCCGUUUUGCUCGUCUUUAAGAAGAUCUGGCCCAUGGCGUUGUGCAUCACAUGCGUGUUUGCCGUCACGCUGUCAGUGUUUCCCGUGGUGACGGUGCGUGUGGAGACCGUCUACAAAAAGCACACCGACUGGGACAAAGUGUUCACAUGCGUUUGCUGCUUCGUGGUAUUUAAUGCCAUGGACCUGGUGGGCCGUGGCACCCCCUCCAUAGCACAGUGGCCGUCCAAGGACAGCUGUGUGUUCCCGUGCGCCGUUGUGUCACGUGUGCUCUUUAUUCCAUUGCUGAUGAUGUGCAACAUUCCUGGUUCGAAGCUGAGCGUCUUCCUGUUUCACCACGACGGCGCCUUCGCCGCCAUCAUGGCGCUCUUCGCCUUCUCCAACGGGUACCUGGCCAGCCUCUGCAUGGCCUACGCGCCGCAGCUUGUGGGCCAGCGAGAUUGCGAGACGGCCGGCUCGCUCAUGACCUUCUUCCUGGUUCUGGGUUUGGCGCUUGGUGCUGCGCUAUCUUUCCUGCUGGGAAAGCUGCUGUAGUCGUAAACAACACGCACGCAGGCAACCAAAUACGACUGGGCAAGUUGUUCAACUUUAUUUCUCAGGGCCAUUUAAAAAGCAUCUUACCA